AUGCCGGCCUAUUUUCCAACAUCCACCUGUCCCAUUUGUUCUGAUCCAGUCGAAUCAUUUGUUCAUUCUAUAUUUACAUGCCCACCAAAUUAGCAAUAUGGCAACACAUGUGGUAUAUGUACAUUGAUCCUUCCGAUUCUUCCUUUUCGCUGGAUACUCUAUAUUAUGCUCUACAUACUCUUCACGUUCCUUCUUCCUCUCUCAAUUUAGUUUUCUCUCCUCUCACUGCUAUAGCUGCUACUCUCGAAGCGAUCUGGUUGUCCCAUUGGGCCUCUGUCUUCAACGACACGCCAUUCACUUCUGCUACAACUAUAUCUCUCCUCACUACUAAAGAUCUUCGAAUACGCCAAGAAUCUCUUCUUUCAAAUGGCAUUCCUCAUGCUCCUCUUCUUUUUAUAACAGACUAGUGAUCCUUAUUAUCACUAUAUGUGGUUCCCCUUAACAUUUUAACAAUUUAAAAACUCAAAACAAAAAAAAAAAAAGCAACCAUACUUUAAUAAUCCUAAAAACACAAAAACACAGUUGUGACUAUCCUUUAAUUUUCACUAAUAAAUCAGAGACUCCGUCUCCAUAUAAAUAAAAAAAAAAGAUUAAGAACAAAAUAAAGAGUGGUUUAUGUCUGAAGAAUUACUCGAAUUUACAUUAAUCAAUCCUGAAUCAAAGAGAUAAAACUAACUACAAGAAGAACAUGAGUCGAGAAACAAGGUUAUUAUUGAAAUAUAUAUGUAUUAUUGAUUCAAGAUACUGAUUUAUGGGUGUUAGAAUUAUCUGAUGAUCUGAUUAAAGUUUUAAAUAAAAAUGUAUUAUUC